AUGUCCCCUGGUUGUUGCAUUGUACUGGCUCCUCAAACAGCAUUGCAAAGCAAUUCAGACACCAUCUGGGUUGCUUUGGACAGCAACCACGGUGCGCAGCCUCAAUUUGCCAUUCUGCACCAAAAAUGGAUCAAAAACAUGAAAUACAACAAGCUCUACGUCGCAGUUCGGGCUCUACGUCAUCAGGCCAAUGUCACUAUCGCGCUAACUGCUACACCGGUGCUGACAAGACCAUCCGAUCUAUGGCACGUUGGUCGCUUCAUGGGGCUGUCUGGAUUUGAAGGCCCCAACAAUGACAACAGAUAUAGGACUAUGAACAAGGGGAUAAACGCAUCUCAGCGUAAAGAUUGA